CUUGAGCAUGAGCAUGAUACGAGGGAUUUCAGCUUUCCGGUGAUGUUUCUCCACUUCUACGUUCCUGGAAGGAUGGAAAACAUGGGGAAUCCCUCGCCUAAACUUGAUAUGGAUGACUAAAAGAUGAAACUUGCACACUAUUAUCUGAAAAGGUCGCAGUCUGUUCAGACAGCGUCUUUGAAUUGUCAAGUGACCAAUAAUGGCAAGAGAUCAUCUUAUCCUUCUAUUCCUUUUUCCUGUCUUCAUUCAAGGGUUUGACAUAGGGCAAUGUGGACAAAAUAUCAUUUUAAAGAAUUUAACGAAAAUCCAACAUAUUGCCGUGGCCAGCAAUGCCACGGAAUCUGCCCGAGGCACUUGGCCGUGGAUGGUUUCAGCAGGCUUUCAAGAUCGAUCUCAAUGGAUUCACGCCUGUGGAGGAUCACUGAUCUCUGAUCGUCACGUUCUAACAGCCGCUCAUUGCACCGGAUAUCGAGGGUUGAGACUGAGAUUCGGUGAUCAAAGUCAUUUUUCUACGGCGGAUGAUGACCACGUGGUCAUUCGUGAUAUGGUGACUUACGUUCACCCAAAGUUUGGAGAAUCUGGGAUUGAGACGGUGUAUUAUGACGUGGCCAUUUGGGAACUGGAAUCGCCGGUCGAAUUCAACGAUUUCAUCCAACCGAUUUGUUUACCACGAUUGUCCAAUGAAGACAUUGACUCGCACAAGGAUGAAUUGGUGGAUAUCAUUGGGUGGGGAAGAAAAUUUCGGGGAGCCACCAUUGAUGGAGUGCUGAGACACGCGCCGCUGAAAAUCUUUGCCCAAGAAUGGUGUAAUAUUACUCACGCGAGGGCAUUCGAAACCAACGAUGUGAUCAGGGAACGAUGGCCCCAACUAUUUCCCAGUUGUGUCAUGUGUGCAGGUCAUUCCAAUGGAGGUUAUGGCUCUUGCAAGGGAGAUUCAGGCAGUCCUUUGGUUAAAUUCGAAUCUGGAGAACCUUACCCGCGCUAUGUGCAGCUUGGUGUUAUCGUUGGUGGCGUGGGACAAUGUGGAAAUCGAGACUUUCCCUCCACUUACACUCGAGUGGAGGACUUUGAGGUUAUGAACUUCAUCAACGCUGUUCUCAAGCGUUCCAAUCCUUCUGCUCGAAGCCUAUUAGAUGGCACCAUGUCAUCAGCUCCGGUCUUCUCCGAGGCUGACACCAUGGAACAAGUGCAAGAAAUCCUCAGGAAUCGCUUCUCUCAAGAGCUCGGUGAUGUCUUUGCUUCGGUCUUGAUAAAACAAGCCUCGGAGAGACUCAUAGAGUUGGACGAAGAUUUGGAUUUUCCAUUCGAUGUAUCUGGCACCACCUUGAUCCACGAGGCGGUUCGUUUCAACUCAUUGGACACUUUCAAAACCCUCAUCUGGAAUGGAGCCGAUUUAGAUAGUCAAAACGAUUUCGAUCAAACUCCGUUUCAUCUGGCGGCAGAGUUAGGAAGGAGCGAUAUGAUCCAACUAGCCUUGCAAUACUACGCUGACCCUGAUAUCAAGGAUAGCUUGGGCCGUAAUGCCCUCCAUGUCGCCGCCAAGAAUGGACAUCUUGAUGUAGUCGAGAUGUUGUUGCGUUAUGGGAUGGAUAUCGACAGCUUAGACGAACAACUCCGAACUCCAUUGCAUUUGGCCUUGGCCAAUAACAAAAAUCGGCAAGCCAACAACGCCACUGCACUCUACUUGAUUAAGAGCAAUGCCAAUGUCACUUUAGCAGAUCGGGAUGGGUUUCAGGCCAUUCAUUUUGCUGCCAAGAACGCCCCAACGCACGUUUUGGAGCAAUUGUUGUGGAGGGGAGCAUCUCAGAGUUCACGGACCAAGAUUGGCCAAAGCCCUUUGAUUUUGGCAAGUAGUGAGUCUAAUGUGGAGGUUAUUCAAUAUUUGAUCCAAGCUGCUGAAGUGGAUGUGAUGGAGCGGGAUUUCGAGAAUAUGACUUGUUUGCAUUACACAGCCCAGAGAAAUCUUUUUUUCCCAAGUAAAAUCCUUUUGGAAGAGGGAGUUGAAAUCAACGCCAAGGACAUGAGGCUAUCAAGUCCACUUCAUUAUUCAAGUCAACAUGGAUACUCUCGUCUGAAUAAGAUGUUGUUGAGCAAUGGAGCGGAUGUUAAUGCCCAAGAUGCAAUGGGAAUGACGCCAUUAGUCAAAGCACUAAGUGACGACAUAAUCGACAGGGCCCAUGAGGAUACUGCCAAAGGCCUCAUACAUGCCUUAGCCGACCUUCAGGUCCAGGAUCACAAUGGAUGGAAAGCUCGAGAUCAAGCUGUUAAAUCGGGUUAUGACACCAUUGUCCAACUUAUUGACGACGUAUUGUCGGGCCGCCUGGUUUUGGAACUCCCUAAAUUUGAAGAGAUUGUGAUUAAACGGAAGAAAGAUGGAAUCUCUGAUAAAAUUGACGAGGAGGUGGUCGACCCCGUGAAGGAAUGGCUUGAUAAAAAUGGUCCAAAGCGCCUGGCUGACGACGUAUCAGAGUUCUUUAGCAAACCCACCAAGCAAUUUAUUGGUCACUUUGAAAACGAUGAAUUGAAAGACAAAGUUAAAACAGAGUUCAACAGACCCUUUAAGCAAUUGGAAGAUGUCCUCGAAAAAGAUAAAGUGGAAUCCGAGUUAAAGCGGCUCCAAGACCGUGUCAAAGAAAGUAAAACGAUAAAAAGAGUCCAAAACAAAGUGGAGAAAGAAGCGAAAAGAAUUUUCAAGAUAUUUGGCUGAAUAAAAACAUAAUUAUUAUUUUUAUGUUUUCGAGCUAUGGAACCUGUGGUACAAUGUGAUGCACAAUAACAAAAAAACAUUGAUGCCUGCUCUGAUGACGAGCAACAGCUAAUCUUA